AUGACUAAGUGGACCAUGUUUGAAUAUGAAAAUAGCUGGACAGGUUCUUUUCUGCCAUCUCUUUCUCUCCAUUACCUGCUCCAGGUCCAGGCACAGGAUCAGGCUCUCGUCGUACGCUUCCUGACCAAACGGUUCAUCUGGGAGUAUGACCCAACGCUGGAGUCUACAUAUCGUCACCAAGCUACCAUUGAUGAUGAAGUGGUUUCCAUGGAGAUACUAGACACAGCUGGUCAGGAGGACGCUAUUCAGAAAGAAGGACAUGUGCGAUGGGGUGAAGGCUUCGUGCUGGUUUAUGACAUCACAGACAGAGGCAGCUUUGAGGAAGUGCUGCCACUUAAGAACUUGUUGGAUGAAGUUAAAAAACCCAAAAACGUCACCCUGAUCCUGGUGGGCAACAAAGCAGACUUGGAUCACUCCAGGCAGGUCAGCACAGAGGAAGGUGAAAAGCUGGCCACAGAACUAGCAUGUGCUUUUUAUGAGUGCUCUGCUUGCACAGGAGAGGGCAACAUUAUGGAGGCCUUCUAUGAGCUCUGUCGUGAGGUACGGCGUCGAAAGAUGGUCCAGGGCAAGACUCGGAGACGAAGCUCCACCACCCACGUCAAGCAGGCAAUUAAUAAGAUGCUUACCAAAAUCAGCAGCUAAAAAGAGCUGUACCAAGCCAGAGAAGCAGAGCACAUUUAAUUAAAAAUGGUCAAAGCUUUGCAAUGAAAAAAUAGAAAAGACAAACCACACCACUUUUUUGAAUAACACAGGAUCAGACUUUUUUCCUGUUUCAAGAUAUAUUUAGCCACGCUGCUUCUGGCUGAUGUGGG